GUGUUUCGCAAGCUAAAUGGUAAUUAAACGCACAGCUUAAACUCAUUCUCUCAAUUCUCAAAUACAAAGGUGAGAAUUUUGGGGAUAACGAUUUCGAAACAGAAAAAUGGGGUGGGUGUGGAGCGACGACGACGACGACAACAGAGGCGAUAACCAACUCAAUUCCUCUUCAUGUGACGGCGAACGCGAACGAUGCUCCACCUCUAAGAUCGUGAAAUCGAAGUGCAGGACGGAGGAGGUGGAAUCUGGAAAGUUCGUUAGAAAAUGCGAGAAAACGGAAGAGCUUCUCAAGAAUUGCAUCGGAAGGCCUGCUGAAGUGGUGCAAUCACACACAGAGUAUACCGAAGAGGAUGUCACACAUAAGUUGCUUAAAGGAGGGUCUCCCGCAUUUAGCUCAUCAUACAGCUCAUCAGAUCGUGGUGUGUUUGACUUGCCUGGGCUGCGGAGUGAUAUCGAAGUCAUGGAAAGAAACCUCUUCGGAGGUCUCAGUCGUUUCUUUGAAGCAGCUGAAGAAAUGAAGAAUGGCUUUUUUGAUGUUUUUGUAAAUUCUACACCCGUAUUUGAUGGAGAGUCGUCUUCCUCACCUUCUGUCAGGCGAGGGAUACCUAUUGAGGAGUAUCGUCGGCAAAAAGCUUCUCCUGAACCCAAGGAGAAGGAAUUGACAGAUCAUGAUUUCGCUGCAUUGGCUAAAGAUAUUUAAACUUUGGAAGUGUCUAGUUUUGUCUUAGAUUACGAUCAUCUGGACUUUGAGUAUGUCUUCUAAUAACGUAUCUCUCUGCGUCAUUGCCAGCUGUUUAAUAUUAUUUUAAAGCUGUGGCUGAUGUGGUGUGUAACCAAGUUCUUAUUACCUACUCUUAUUAUUAGCGAUAUGAAUGAUUCAGCAAUUCAUUUUUUAGCCAGAUUCUCAUUGGGUGCAUGGAAAGGUAUUGGCAUUUGCAUUUAUUUGUCAAACACCCCUAA